AAACCGCACUUGUCAUACCCAAUGCCAUUUCCAUAUGUACUGCUAAGGAGAAAUACUUCUUUGCAACAUUCACAACAAGGGACAAAGCGUUUUUGAUGCUCUUUCGAGUAUGGCAAAAUACGUUGAUGAACAAGCCGAUGCCCCCACAGGAAAUAUGGCAAUGGGUGCAUAAUUGCUAUGGUGAUGAACUCGGUUUAACCACAGACGAUGAAGAUUACAUUGAUCCGACUAGUUUGCCAGUAGAAAGUGAAGGUGAUAUUGAUUUUGCAUCAGCACUAGAAGACACAAAUUCGAUUGUUAGCAGCAACUACAGCACAGCUAACUCAAUUACACAAAUUGCCAGCAAUAGCGGUGGCAAUAGCUCCAGCACAAGCAGCGCUGGCGGUUGUAAGCCCAGAACGAAAUCAUCAUAUUUCUUCAGUUCGAAUAAAUCGAUUGUGAACUCUUCGACGACCACGUCGACAAGCGGUUCUGAUAAUAAAACAAGUGAUAAUAACGGUGAGCGGGAUUCAAAGAACACAAUGAAUGCAAAGGAAUUGACACUGACCUCAGUGAAGCUGGAAGAAGAGACAGGCAAGAGCAAAAUCGCGAACAGUUCUGCCAAUGAAAGUGGCAGUGGUGGGGGUGGGGUUAGUGCUUCGAGUAGAGAAACAAAAAGUUCCACACUUAAGGCAGUCACACACGAGACAAAGCGCAAAGUGAACAAAAGCACACGAGAACGUGAUGAGGCAGCAAGCAAUAAUCAAACAAAUCUGCCAACAGAUGCCUCGUGUUCUAGUGACUCUGAGGAUAACAAAGCACCAUUUGUUGCUACUGCUGAGUGCACAUCAGCACAUGAAGGCCGUCAAUUAGUACACACAAUACUUCCCAUUAAUGUAGAUACGCUAUUCAACAUGCUUUUCUCCAAGUCUAAAUUCGUGGCAGAUUUUCAUGCUAUGCGUAAAACUGAAAAUAUGUCUUUCGGCGAGUGGGUAACCACCGAUGAGGGCAAGAAGACACGCACCUUAGGCUUGACUGUGCAACUAUUAGCUUCCGUAGGUCCAAAAGUAUCAAAGGUGACUGAGACGCAAGAAAUGCGUGAAUGUAGCAAACCAGGCGAACUGUAUUCCAUAGAUGUAAAUAGUGUUAAUGCUGGCAUUCCAUAUGCUGAUAGCUUUAGUGUAUUAAUUCAUUACUGCUUAGUAAGAACCGUUGAUGACCACACAAUGCUGUCUGUGCACGCUCAAAUUAAAUACAAGAAAUCUAUUUGGGGUGUCGUGAAAGGCUUCAUAGAGAAGAAUACAUGGGCUGGCAUGGAAGAAUACUUCGGCGCAAUGCUCCAAGCUUUGCAAAAUGAAACUUGCAUUCCACCCUCCAAGGCAAAAGGACGGCGUCCACGUCGCGGUACUUCGACUCAAGUUCGGCCGACAAUAGAAGAUGUGCCCGAAGCACAAAUGAGAACAGAACCCCUCGAAGUGUCAGUGGCCACCAAUCGCCGCCAGGUUCCCCGUCUUACAGCUGCUGUAGCACAACAGCCAGCGAGCGACACUGAACCGCAAAACAAACACAAAUGGCUAUCAGUGUUUGUCAUUUGUCUGUUGUGUUUCUUGAUCGCUUUAAAUGUGAUACUCCUGCUUAAGCUUUGGUCGUUAGAGGAGCGUAUCGAUGAUAAUAUAAGCAGUCGAGCGCGUCUGCCUAAUUUGGCUGCGUUGAAAGAAUUGCCCAAUUCGAAUCAAGAAUGGAUGGAAUUGCUGCACCAACAGGAGAUCCUACAUGAGGCUGAGUUGAAGAAAUGGCACAACGUACUGCAAACUGCCAUUGAAUUGUUAAAAAAGACUGAACGAACGUUGGCCGCACUCAUGUUUCGGUAAAGAUUUCCCAACAAAAAAUUGCCUUGUGUGGCUACAAAGAGAGAAUAUGACAAAUUUACACAAUUUUACAAUUGUUAGGGCUCUAAUGAAUAAAUGAACAUAUACAUACAUACUUACAUAUGUAUAUAUGUAUGUAAAAGUAUAAAGUAUGCUUAGAUAUGUAUCAUACCUUUGCUGCAAGAGUGUCAUAAUAAAAAAAUGAAAAACUCGAGAAAAUCGGCUUUAAAGUUUAUAAACGCUCUCAUGGUAAAAAGGAAGGACACAUUAUCUUCUAUUGACCUACGUAUUGUUAAUCGGUACAGCUAUGUAUUAAAUAGGUGGCGGCCAUUUCUGCAUACUUAGCAAAUGACAAUCUUGCAGCAAAGCUACGAUAUGUAUUUAAAACCAAGACGAUCGCUAAUUGCCAGGAUUCGACAUUUCAAUUUAACAAAUGGAUGUUACCGUUCCUUCAGUCGUACGAUUUGUUGUAAAUUUUCAAAAUCAAAAGCUGCAAGCAAUUGACUGUGAGUGCUAAGCGAUGUCCGAAUCAACUUGUAAACCUUUUAUGAGUUCUUCGCAUAUAAAUUUAUCCUAGCUGCGUUAAUCCUUUCACAUUUUCUAUUUGUUCUGCUGCGCUGCACGCUAUGCUUGCUGAAAUUAUGUUUACUUAGUCUUAGUUCAAGCUAAAAUUUUGUUUAUAAGUUAUUAUAAAGAUAAAGUGCAAUUUGUUGCUUAGAUUUUAGUUAAAAAAAUUAUGUAAGCAUAAACAAACAAAGAAUAUUAUGAGCUAUUGUUGUACAGAUGCAAAUGUGGGUAUGUAUGCAUCUAUAAAAAUUCAACGCAAAAGGUAUUAUUAUGGUUAUAUCACCAUGCGGAAUUGUAAAAAUAUUUUGAAUAUUUGUAAAUAAUUAGCAAAAAAAAGACACUUUGUAAUGUUUGUUAAAAUGGAGUCAGUGUCCAAUUAUGGCCGUAGCAACAGUCGCUUUGAAACCAAUAGCUUAAGAUUUGGGGUUUAAAAACUGUGCGGAAGUUUUUCAAACGAACAAAAAAAAUAGCCAGCAGUAAAAAGGCAAAGGAACACAUAAAAAACGUGUACAAAAUUUAACAGAAUUGGUUCAAACUUAACAAAAUUGGCUUUGCUGUCUGAUAAUUGGGCCUCCAUAGAGCAACGCAAAUAUUAGUGUUUAUAAUAUUUUAAGUACAUUUCUAUUUUUGUAAAAACCAAUCAAAAUUUGUAUAGCAUUAC